AUGAGCGAGUCCGAAUCUCAUGCGGGCUGGUUUUAUGGAUCGAUCGGCGCCUCAGCUGCGCCACUGCGUCACCGGUUGCUGCAACCUACCGUAGUCGGUGACGUUGAGGUUCCCCCGCAGAUCCCCAGGCACAGCUUUCCAAGCUUCAACCCCGAAGGCUUCCUUUCUCAGGUCCCUGGUCCUUCGGAAACCUCCAAUAUCAUGUGGAAUGACGAGGACAAUAACCCCUAUGGGGCGUUCGACCACCACGAGUCCCGCUUAUCGGACUCCCUUCAUUCCGCCGCCAUCUCCCCUCCCUUGUAUGAGCACGAUUCGACACCGCCAUCCAGUCGCGACUCCAACCUCGACCCGCCAGACUUCAUUUCCCAUCCCGAGGAUCUGAGCGAUCCCGAGGAGGCCGAGUAUGGCGCUGCAAGCGAGCAGUACCCGCGGAAGAGUGUUUACGACAGUCGCAUCGAGCAGAUCCUCUAUGAAAACCCGGAAAUGCCGAUUUUAAUCACAGAUGCCGGCAAAAACCAUGAAGGUGGCGGCAGUUUUAUUGUGUAUACAAUCCGGACUGCGAAGCCUCACCAGGACCUGGAAGUCCGUCGCCGGUAUUCCGAAUUUGCAUCACUACGUCAGACUCUAGUCAAUCUUCACCCUACUCUUAUUGUUCCCCCAAUUCCCGAGAAGCACAGCAUGGCCGACUAUGCGGCAAAGCCAACGAAAGCCAAAGAGGAUACUGCGAUUAUAGAACUCCGGAAGCGUAUGUUAGCGGUAUUCCUAAACCGCUGUCGUCGAAUGAAAGAAAUUCGGGAGGAUGGUGUCUGGUGGCGCUUCCUAGACCCGAAUGUCAGCUGGAGCGAGGUCCUGCAUUCCCACCCUGCGUCCUCCAUUCCCAAGAAUAAUCUCAAGGCUCCCCCUCUCGAUCCCGCAAAUCCAACCCAGGCGCAUGGCUGGCUACCAGUUCCAUCGUCCUCCGCGAAACUCAAGUCCUCAGGAGGCUUCCCCUCAUCUCCUACAUCACCCGGAGAAACGACAGAUGGUCCUGCACCUCCUAUUCCAGGGCCCGAGAUUCUCGGCCGCUUCCCACCCGAAUCGCGUAAGUUAAGUGAACAAGAGUUAGAUCCAUAUUUUGUGAAUUUCGAGGCCUCUACAAGGGAAUUAGAGCUGCUUCUACAAGGAAAUAUCGAGAAGGUCAAUCGGCGGACACUGUCCCACCUGUCAUCACUCUCUGCCGAUCUCAUGGAACUUGGAGCCCGCUAUAACGGAUUCUCUCUAUCCGAGCAAUCCCCAACCGUGGCUGCUGCAAUUGAACGGAUCGGUCAGGCAGCGGAUACAUCUUACAUUGAGACCGAAGAGCUUUCUUCUGCAUUGAGUGCCAGCUUUGCUGAGCCGAUGCGCGAGAGUGCGCAAUUUGCCAGCGUGGUUCGAGGGGUCCUACGAUAUCGGGUUCUAAAGCGGGUCCAAGAAGACAUGACCAGAGAUGAGCUAGCGAAGAAAAAGACCUUGUUAGACUCUCUCGAGCGCAGUGAGCUUGAAGCCAAGCGGAUCGAGCAGUAUCUCAACCGUACCGGCCCUCAAAGCGGUGGAACUAAGCCACGGCGAUCGCUGUCCACAUCGUCUGCUGUUAGCAGCGAGGGGGAAGUGCGGUCGAAAACUCCGUUGAAUCGGAAUUUCCGCCUACGCACGGCGAAUUUGUCGCCAGUGACCUCGCCCGCCCACCGAAAAACUUCGAGCGGAACCUUUGUGGCGAAUAAGAUCUUCGGUCGCAUUAGCCACGCCAUUCAUGGCUUCGCAGACGUCGACCCAGAACGCACUCGUCGAGAUCAGAUUGGCAAGACCAAAGAGAGUCUCAUCCAGCUGGAGCAAGCUUUGGAGGUAUCAGAGAAGGAUGUGAAGGACGCGAGUACAGGAGUUUUGCAGGAUCUGCGACGCUUCCAGAAAGACAAGGAAGCCGAUCUUCGGCGGUACAUGGUCGCAUAUGCGCGCUGUCACUUAGACUGGGCACGGAAGAAUCUCGAGACAUGGACUGAAGCCAAGGACGAAGUGGACAAGAUCGUCGCGCGAUAUCAUUCCAUUUUCUCUUCAAGCUUUCGUGUCGUAGUCCUGCACAUAGCUCCGAUUGUCGCGAUAACCUCUGAUGGCGCCCCGCCCACGACGCCAUCCGUGGUCCGGUUCGCUAGCUGCAUCUUGGCUCGGGCCGAGACAAUCGCGUUGUGUGAGAGACAGUGCAACCCUGCGAACCCUAUGCCAACCACUAUGAUCGAUCCGGAACCCAGGACGGUGAGGUCUGGAACAACCCGCGCGUCCGAUAGGAUCGAAGAUCCUGAAAUCCGCCCUGCGACGGUGGUAGACGGCGGCCAGAUCUCUGAAAACCUCUCGGCGCUACGCCAAUCAGGCGACACCGUGGGAUAG